AAUUUCGUGGGAUACAAUUCAAGAUGGAGGGACGUCCAAUUUCGGAUCUUAAGGUUGCCGAGCUUCGCAAGGAGUUGGAGAAGCGCAACAAAGAUAAAACCGGUGUUAAACAGGUUUUGCUGGAUCGUCUUAAAGAGACUUUAGAAAAGGAUGGUCACGAUCCUCAAACCUAUCGUUUCAGAGAUGAUGAUAGUGUUAAAACUGACCUAGAGAUAUCGGAUCAUUCGGUAUGUAAUCACUUUAUUCAAAGUUAUUCUUUUAUAGCCUGUAAAUGGUGAUGGACUAGGAGCUGGUAAGUAGUUUCCGUUCAUAUUCGUUUGUAUGCCCAUCAAAAACCAUUUUGUUUCACUUUCAUUUCAAAGUAAUGGGUUAGGAGUAGGAUGCUUUUAGUUGCUUAAUUCAGUCGGCAAUGUUUUGGAUGUGUUGAGCUGAUAAUUUAUACGUAAAUGGAACCUGCGAUAAUACAUUUGACUCGUCAUUGUGAGUCACUAUGUGCAAUGCAAGUACAGCUGUAGCGAACACUUAGUUUCGACGUUCAUGGACUCGAGCCGCUGCUUGAUCAAUUAAGCGGAUUGUCACCCUGUAAUCUUCAUGCCAUGCGCGUUCAACAGGUCUGUCAUACUACCUGAAAAAGCCGCACCCUGUGUGCGAAGUCGUAAAUUUUGGAUCAUUACUAUUAGCGGGUUGGUCUACCCUCUAUUCAAUUGUAAAUGGAAAUCUGAAGCCGUAUUUGAUCUAAACACCCAGGAUUCUUGUUAACAAACCCGCCAAAUAAAAGAAACAAUAGAGAACUAUAUUUUAUGCUGUUAUGGUAGGAUGUGUUGCAAAUAAAUGGUUUCUUGUUUGCUUUAUACCGUUACCGCCCAGAAAAUCCAAUAUUGUUCGCAUUCAUCACCGCUGUUGCGCAGUUACUUUGGAUUGUGCGAUCUGUAAUAGGUCGGCAUGUAUGUUAUUUCUCCGAUUUACAUUACAUUUUGGGGUUAACGACUAUGAUUAAGUCAGGAUUGUACAUUAGUAUACUCAUAGUCAAGUCACCGUAGAUUUUAAUGUCCCCUGUCUUUUGUCUGGUGACAACUACUGAUUCUCCAAUUAGUAAAAGCAUCGACCCUAUGCUAAUCAAACUAAUGGUAAUAACUUUCUACUCUUAUUCUAUUGAAAGAGAAAGUUGGGCCCAUCACGAAAAGACGAAGUCCGUCAGAUGACGUAUUGAGUGAUGAAUAUAUUAUCAGUGAACAUUCAUUGCAGAAAAAAAUUACAGAGGAAACUGUCCCAUACGUUGUUCAAGUGGGUGAGCAAGAGGAAGAUUUAGAUUAUGAUUUGAAAUAUGGGAACAAUGACGUAUCCGAAGUCGCAGGCGAUAGCAAAGAUACCCAAGUCAAAAAUGAAGAACUUGACAAAAAUGAAAAUAAACCAGAAAGGUUCGUAAAUAUCUGUCGAAUGAUAUGAUUAUAUUUAUCCGCUUCUGACACAAGCUGUUUCUUUUUUUAGUUCAGUUACUACCCACCAGAUUAGUGGUAUGUUCCAUUUGGUUAAGUUACACUUUACGUGUCAGAAAGCUGUAGAAAUUUGUGGAUAAGUAACUUACCGAAAUUGGUGAAGGCUGCAGAUUUAAAGCAACAUUUUAGCAAGGCGGGGAAGGUAGUAUCAGCUACUGUGGUUAUGAGCACCCGCACACCUGGAGGUUGCUUUGGAUUUAUACAGAUGGCUUCUGCUGAAGAGGCAGCAUCUGCUGCUAGAGCCUAUGACUUAACAGAGUUUGGAGGAUGCAUACUACGGGUUGAAGCUACAGAGCGAAAAGCACCAAUUCAAUCAAACAAAGCAAAUGAUCGAGUAGCUGGAUUAAACAAAUUAAAAACUAGUAUGCCUGAUUCUCGACGGACAGUAUCCAGACCGUUGGUAUCUCGAAGACGUUAUAUUGCCAACAGACAGCGAUUGUUGCGUCGUGCUGCCAUUAGAACUGCUAUUUUGAGGGAACAACGGAAAAGGUCCGAAUAUUUAUCCGCCAAUAAUCGUCCACAUUCCAUUAAGAAAACUCCUAUCAGAAGACCUUUAUACCAGUUUACUAGACCAAAUUAUAGAAUGUCAAAGGAUAGUUUGCGUUCACGAGGCGGUCUGGCCCUUGUAUCGAAACAUAAAAGUAUUUCACAGCGACAAAGCUCUUCACGGAUCAACACCAAUCAUGGAAUGCAGUCGCUGUUACAAAGAAGAUUAAAUUAUACUGUCAAUCGAAGGCUGCGUGAGCCAAUUCGUAUUCACAAAAGUGCCAGUGUUUCACAUCGAUCGUCCAAAUCAUUUUUGCCUAGAGUACACAGAAAUUCAAAUAUAUGUCCAGUAAACCAUCGAAGCUGUCUUUCCCCACCUUCCCGUGUAAUCCCCUUGGAUACACUUACUUCAAGACGGAACCCAACCUUUCGCACUAAUCGUCCUGUAGAAAGAGAUAUACGUGAACCCUAUCGCCCUGUUUUGCCAGAACGAAAAUAUCAUCCUCAGUCACCUGGUCGAUCACAUGAAUCAAGUCGGUAUGCACGAAACACUCAAUCAUCAGUCUAUACAGGAAGAAACACUGCUAAACCAGUAUACGAUAGUCGUUCUCGUCAAAGUCACUUGAUGACUCGUUCUGAACCGCGCUAUACAAAUUACAGUAAUUUUGAUAGUCGAAAAAUGGCCGUAGCCUCUCGUACAGAUAUGUAUUCUGAAGAACGUUAUCGAACUCACGAUAGUCAUCUAUCUGAAGUACGCAGAAGUCAAUUAAGGUCAAACCCCCCUACUUCACGAAUGAGAGUUGAGGAGAGUAAACGAGAGUACCGUGCAGUUAGUAGAAGUCCACCAAGGUCAAGAGAUUCUACAAUGAUGCGCCCGUAUCCAGUUUCUCUCAAUUUCAAUCGCCAUCGCACGGAAACUAGUCAUCGUGGCCGCAGUCCACUGAUGUUACAGUCUACACCACACAGGCCCGAAAUCGUGGAGUAUGAACACCGUUCAGAGCCAAGAACGAACUGGCAAACUGAAAGACGUUCCAAAGUUUUCUCAUCUCCAUCACAGUCGUGGAGGCCGGCAAACAAUGCAUUUUUCCUAUCUCCUACAUAUGAAAAUCGAAAUACAGGUCGCCGAUACCAAUAACAUUUAUUGCUUAUUAUAUGUAUAUGAAUAUGUUAUAUUCAAAUUUGACAAGCAAUUCUCUACUUACAUCAAUUACAUUUAGCAAGUGUAUUAAUUGUGCGAAAAUUUUUAUCCAUGAAGGUUGUUGAUCUGCAUUCAUUCAUAUAAAGCAUUUUCUUUAG